UCUCUGGCAUGACAAAAGUGUUGGAACAAUGUAACCUAAUGUUCCCACUUUGACAUUGUUACUCCAUAAAAUCAUAUCAAUUCACCACUAAGACUGUCGAGAAAAGCUUGAGAAGAACAUGCACUUGAUUGUAAACUUAAUGUGUGCAUGAGAUCAAGAGGAAUCAAUUUCCAGCCAGCAGAUUUUUAACCACAAGGUCAGCUGAACCCCGCUCUUGAGGAAGUCUUUGAGGUGUGUUUUUGCGAAGGUCCACGAUGUUCUGGAAUGUUUUUGGGUGCCGUCUGGUGUCCGGCAGGGGUGUGUCCGUCUCUUUGGGUUUUAGGCGGGUGACUCAGUAGAACUCUGGACCAAAAAAACAUCCGAGCUUUCCCAGGCUCGGAACGAAUUGCCGAGUAACAAUGUUGUUGUGGUAGAGGGAGAUGAGGGGUGUGUUGUGGUGGUAAGCAAUGAUGAUAGAGAGCCAAGACGAAUUAGUCUCUCACAGUAGAGGCUUUUUUGGAUCAACAGUCUUGAGGAGUGGCUCCUCUAGUGCUCGAGAUGACAGCGAACGUCUAAAAUGAAGGGAUUUUGACGGCACCCAUAAGAGCGUCGAAGGAAUCGAAAGAGGAGAGCGAGGAGGUUGGGGAAGAGAGACCAUCAUUGCAGCACAGAGAGAUUGGCUGGUGAAUGACAAUCAUGGCUCAGGUGCUUCAUAUGGACUCCAGUUUUCCAGGGAAGAUUAACCCCCCGGAGCCCCCCUCCUUGCAUGGAAAGGACACAGAAGCUCCAUAUUCAGUAGAGACCCCCUAUGGCUACCGUCUGGACUUGGACUUCCUCAAAUAUGUCAAUGAUAUUGAAAAGGGCAACACUAUUAAGAAGGUGCCAGUGCAGCGGCGCCCACGUUAUGGCUCGCUUCCACGUGGCUAUGGCUACACAGGCUCCUGGUGGACCUCCACUGAGUCGCUGUGCUCCAACGCCAGCAUAGACAGCCGUCACUCGUCGUACUCCUACUGUGCGCCGGGCUUUCACAGCUCACAGCGACCCAACUUCAGUACGGCACGUGUGGAGAAGACCUUGCUGGAUGCUCGCCGCAAGCUGGAGGAGGAAAAGGAUGGCCGUCGUUUCUCGAACUUGGGCAACAUGAAUAGCAGCAUGGCAGGCUCCAACACCUCCCUGUCCAGUGCCCACAGCUUCAACCGUGCACAGGGAGGCGGCUCCUAUACACCUAUGAGCUCUGGUUUGUCCACACCUGUCUCACCGACGCCCGCUCAUCUGCAGCACGUACGGGAGCAGAUGGCCGUCGCCCUGCGGAAGAUCCGGGAGCUGGAGGAGCAGGUGAAGACCAUCCCGGUGCUGCAAGUGAAGAUUUCCGUGCUUCAGGAGGAGAAGAGGCAGCUUAGCGUGCAACUCAAAAGCCAGAAGUUCCUGGGCCACACAUUGGGGUUCAGUCGGAGCCGUCCGCGAGGAGAGCUCUACAUCGACAUACCCGAAGAGGAGGCGGGAAACGGGACAGGAGCCGCGAACAGAGCCGCAGGAAGUCUUUCACCCACCACUCCGGGUUCCCUUCAGGACUCAGGAUGUGAAAUCGAAGAGACUGUAAUUGUUGGCGGAGCUCGUCCGGGUGCAAAGCGGGAGGUGCGAACUGUCGGCGUCGGGCCUGAGGUGGAAGAAAGGAUGUACCGUCAAGUAGGAGUAGGGGUGAGAGAAGAGGACUUGGGGCUGGUGCCUGAAACCGAAGCCCUCAAGACUAAAGUGGGGCUUUUAGAAGUUCAGCUAAGGAAAACGAUGCAGGAGCUACAGAGCGCUCAACAGCAAGUCGAAGUGGCUCAGAGAGAGAGGCAAGCUCUGUCCCCUCAGGUGGACCAUGCGGUGAGAGCCACCAGUCUCGGCUGGCAGGAGCAGCAGGGUCAGACUGGUGCGGGCCUGCACACUGUUGUCAGUUUUACUCAGCAGCCUCAUCAGCAGAGGACUGUGGGGAUCCAAGUGUACACGCUGGAGCAGCCCACAGUGGUGGGUGUGGGGACGCUGUUAAGAGCCCAGGGUUGCACUGCUCCCGCUCAGCUUGCAUCUGCACCGGAAGGAGCCCACAGGAGACAUGCAGAGUCUCCGGUAGCAGAGGAAUUGCCGCGUGAGUUUCCCAUUGCAAUAAGCUCAAAGCAGGUGCGGGAGGUCUUGAGAAGUGAAGUAUCCAAAUCAGUGCCGGUGACCAACCAGGCAACUGCUAUGGAGACAAAGUGCAGCCAAGUGGCUGCUGUCUGCCAACGGCUAAAAGAGGGAGAAAUUAACCAGCAAUCUGCAGAAGAAGCCAUCCAAAUUGAUCCAGCAAAACCAGCCUCCCCUCAGUCCACCCUAAGGUCAAUCAUGAAGCGAAAGGCUGAUGGAGAACCUGGCUCUCCAUACACCAAAAAGAACCUGCAGUUCAUAGGAGUCAAUGGAGGGUAUGAGUCGACAUCCUCUGACGACAGCAGCUCGGAAAGUUCAGAAGAUGAGAGCGAUGCAAGCGAAUACCACGAGGCUACGGAAAAAUUACCAGAAUCUGCUGCGCAGCAGUCUCAGGUGACCUCCUGCAGCCUGCAGCCCAUCUGUGAGACAGCAGCUGCCCAAACACCUCAGCACAGCACUGCCCAGCCACCAGCCAAUCACACUGCACCACAGCAAAGCACCAGCCAAUCGCAAGCCACGGAUGAAGCUACCCAGCAACAGGUCACCCAAUCACCAGCAGCAGAGGCAGGCAUACAGCAGCACUCUGUACACCAAUCGUCAGUGACCACCACGGCUCAUCCGGAGGGCAUCGUUCAAUCCGCAGAGGCGAAAUGUGUUUUUCAAGGACAUGCGUCUCCAAACACUGCCGCUUCUCUUGAACAAGACUCUGUCCAGUUGUCAUCCACCAGCACUGCGGUGCAGCAAUCCAAAGCCACCGAUUCAAACGUCCAGCCAAAUCUCACUCAGCCAGAGGUGUCGGGCCUUGCUGCUCAGCAGACAGCCACUCAGUCACAAUCCACCGGUGCUAAACCUCAGCAAGAUGUUAGCCAAUCAAAAACCGCUGACCUCAUCGCCCAACAAGGAGCGACACAGUCACAAUCUACUGAUGUCUCAGCAAAACAGGACAUAGCCAUAUCUUCUGCCACAGAUCCAGCUGCAAAUACAAGCACCACCCCCACUAACAAACAGCCAAGCAGACUGGAAUUGAGUGGCAGUCUCAUGGCAGCUCUCCACACCUUGCAGAAGGCACUCAGUGAACCAAAUGCAUUUAGCCAUCAAAAUGCAAGGACAGCCUACACCACAGUUCUGCAGGAGUGGCUCAGAGUGUCCUGUCAUAAGGCUGCGGACACUGCAGUAGUCAAAGCGUACAUGGACACCUUUGCCUCCAUUUCCCCGCAGCUACUGGAGUUUGUCAUCAACAUGGCUGACGGCAAUGGAAACACAGCUCUGCACUACACUGUCUCUCACUCCAACUUCCCUGUAGUCAAGCUGCUGCUGGAUACUGGUCUCUGUAAUGCUGACAAGCAGAACAAGGCUGGUUACACAGCUAUUAUGUUGACGGCCCUGGCUGCCUUCAACUCUGACAGUGACCUUCAAACCGUCCUACAGCUGCUCCGCACGGGCGACGUGAAUGCCAAAGCCAGCCAGGCAGGGCAGACGGCACUGAUGCUGGCGGUCAGUCAUGGCCGAGGCGACAUGGUGAAAGCUCUGCUGUCCUGUGGAGCUCAGGUGAACCUGCGUGAUGAUGACGGCUCCACGGCGCUCAUGUGUGCCUGUGAGCACGGACACGUGGACAUUGUGCGGCAGCUGCUGUCUGUGCCGGGCUGUGACGCCACGCUCACUGAUAAUGAUGGCAGCACAGCUCUCUCCAUAGCACUGGAGGCCAGUCAGAAUGACAUUGCCGUGCUUCUGUAUGCGCACCUCAAUUUUGCCAAGCCGCCUUCCCCUGUAUCACCAAAGUCUCCAAUCCUGGGAUCUUCUCCUCCCUCCUCGGAACUAAAGUAAAUAGAUGUCAGGAAUCUGAUGUCACCUCUUCCAGCAAACCAUCCUUGUCCAUUCCACUGUCUGUGUGUGUGUGUGUGUGUGAGUUUGUGUACGUGUGUACAGUAUGUGUACCCGUAAGUUAGCAUGUACAACUUUUUAGAAAUAUAAAAAUUGUGCACUCUUAAAAGAAUCACAGUAGCACUUGACACCAUUGGUCCUUAUACGUUGGUUUCUAUUCCUUUUGUGGCGUUUUCCAUUGUAGCAAACAUUUAAAUGGAUGAGAUUCGAAUAAGAAUAACAACAAGCGUGUAAUAGCAAUAUCAUUCAUCUAGCGAUCCGUUGUUACACAGUUUAUAUAAGUGCAUUUACUUUUAACAAUCCAGCAAUAUUUAGCAUUCAAAUCAUCCAGUUAUAGUCAUACAGCAACUGAUUACAUUUAUAAGAGCAUUGUGUAAACAACUAAAAAAACGUGUAUUUUAAUCAAGUGUCCUUUUAUGGUUUUUACUAUUGUCAGUCUAAGAAAAACACAUUCUGAGUUUCCACACCAGCUGUUUUCAAAACGUUUGAUAGCCUUUAAAUAGUGAUUUUCAACAAUGUAUUUGAUUAUACAAUGCGGUUGUCUCACCCUACAACGGGAAACGUGGUCCACUUACUUCUCUAGGAGAUUUUUAAUGCUGUCUUUUACAGGUAAUACACUUCUGAUAACAUUUUAGCAUUUUUACUAAAUGAAUUCAUAUUGUGAGACAUUGUCAUCCUGCUUUAGAUAGUGUUUAUAUUCAAUUUGUGGGCUUGUGGAAAUCAUCUGGCUGUACAGGUUGUUUUUAAGCAUUGCCACCACAAAUUUGUUCACAGCCGGUGCAGUAUUAUGGUCUCUUGAGAUACUUUGUUUACUCUAAAUUUGUGGAGGACUGCAUGGUUUUGUUAUUUUGUUAAUGUAUUAAAGGUUUAUUGAACAAGGGCUCUCCAAAGACAUAGAUGAGCAUAAAAUGGCUUUUCCAGAGCUAAUAAUUUUUUAAUCCUUUGCCAGUUGCAAUCAUACUUAGCCAGUGAAGGAAAUAUGAAGGUACGCAAGUUUUUUAGUUGGAUGAUAUAAGUCAUAUGCGCAUAUUUGGUACUGGCAUGUGUUCACUGAGCACCGAUUGAUUUAGUUUAUUUGUGCUCAGUCGCUGGUGGUUUUAGGCUCCAGAAUGUGGGGGGGAAAGGCUCAGUAUUGUCUAUGACGAAUGUAAAAUGUUUUCCAAAAUGAAAAUAAUAUAUAUCAUCUCCAAAGUUUUAGUGGAAAGACUAUAGGAAUUUUUUUUUUUAGCUUUUUUAACCACACAAGAUUAGCCUUUUAAAUGGAAGAGCUUUGUUUAUUAAUUUGAAAGAUAGAUUGAAAUUUGUUGGUUUACCCACUUUGUACACAUGCUUUCUUAUUACUAGUUAGUACCUAAUUAGUUUUAUACUCUUUUGUAUUUGUUUUAUUUAACACUUUUUGAAUAUCUUUAAAUUUGUAAUAUCUGUUCACAGCUUUGUAUAUCUUUUGGCACAUUUGCCGGCCAUGAAUCUUUAUGUAAAGUGCUCACAUUUAAAUUUGUCUGUUUGUUUGUUUCCCUCGAUUUUGGAAAAAAAUAAAUUUAGAUAGAAGGAA